GCUACUGGCCAAUGUCACAAGCCUGACGGUUGUUGUUUACAUCCCCGAAGUUCGUGUUUGUUUCUUAAUUCCAAAAUGAUGUCGAGGUCUUUGAGAGCUGAAACCCGGUCUAGGGGUAAAGAAGACACUAAAAGACCUAUGCAAGCUUUGGAUAAAGUGAGACGCUGGGAAAAGAAGUGGAUUACAAUACAUGAUACUACAAUGAAGAUCUACAAGUGGGUCCCAGUUAUUUCAGAUGACCGAAAGAAGAAAAAUAGCAGUUCCAACAAAGAGAACCGAAUGUGCAGUCGUGACAGCAGUAUGUCUGCGUUUCACAUGGGGGGUGAUGAUUCUAAUACAGCCAUGUCCAUGAUGAGUGACUCACAAGAUGCCACAGACUUCUCUUCGAGUCAGUUCAAUAUCUCGGAAGAUUCAAAUUCUGAGCCUCCUUUCAAGAAGAAGUUAGCUGAAUGAACGAAAAUGAUAAUGCAAAUGUAAUCAUAAGAAAUAGGCUAAGUGAAAAUCAUUCACUGAAUAGACUAUUAUCGAGUGUCAGUGGAAAAAACGUUUAUGAUUUAAUUUAUAAUGGAAUACAAAUUGCAAAACAUAAUUAAUUAAGAGGAUAGCAUUUUAUUUGUAUAUUCCCUUACUAAGGUAAAGGAGUUGGAUUUGUUUAAAUUUAUAUAUUAUCAUUAUUAUUAUUUUUCAUGUAUACACAUACAAGCAAGCACACAGAUGACAAUUUUUCAGAGAUGCUGAGACCACAAGUUUGUAUUUUUACAUUACCUGAGAUAUUGAUAGGAUUCUUAAUAUGCUCAAAGUAACUCUUCAGUUAAUGUACGCAUUUCAAAUAUUUUAAUUUAUUAUUUGAAUGAAUUUCGUCUACUGGUAUAUUAAAGUCUUUAGCAUUA